AUGUUAUAUGGUCCUAAUUACUCCCUGUAUAAGUAACCUCCCAACUUCCUCCCACUUUCUGUAAACUACUAUCGAUUCCCACAAAUCUCUAUCACAAAAAAAAUAAUUUUUCAUCCAAAAACAACAUGAAGAAAUCAGGUCUCUUAGCAGCCUCUGUUUCUACUGCUGCUUCCAUCUCUUCUACCAUCACUACCAAUUCUUCUUCCAAACUUCAAAUUUCUCUUCGCAAGGACGAUAAUUUGAAGAAAAAGGAUGAAAAUCGUUCAAAGCCUGUGAAAGCAUCAACAUCUUCAGAUAAAUUUGCGCCCAGAUUUGAUGGAUUGAGGUUUAUUGAGACGUUGAUCACUGCUCAUAGAUAAGUUCACAAAAGAGGCAAAAUUAAAAAAAAAUGUUUUGGAUGGAAAUGUACAAGGAAAAAAGAAGAAGAGGAAUUUGAUAUUGUAAUUGAUAGUCCUAUUAUGAGUUAUAUUUUCUGAAUUUAUACUAUAAAACAAGACGAUUGUUUCAAGGAUCAAAUUUCACACAAAUUGUAACUUUUCUUCCUUUUAAGAUGGGGAAAACAAUGUUUAUGAGAUUUGACUGAAGAACGUAUGAUUUUGCGGUUCAAAUUUGUUUAGAUUCUUUGGCAGGCUUUGACCACUUUAUUUUUUCUUCUUUUUGA